AUGGAGAAUAAACCCAUUUUCAUGGCAUUCGUUUCCAUCAUGGUUUUGCUAUCGUUUUCUAGUCCAACUUUGGCCAUAGAACACGAUGAGGACAAGCCGCUACUCAAUUCAGACAAGGAGUUUGAUGCAGCGAUGGCAAAUUCACCGAGUUCAUGUGAUUAUAAUCGUGACAUGAUCGAAAGUCAGUCAAAAAAACAUCUCGACUAUCUUAUAAAUUGUGGAGAAAAAAUGGGACCUGAUUCAGUGAAAUGUAACAUUGAAGUGAGGGCAGAGAUUCUUCGGAACAAAGAAGCUUCAAAGGAUUGUUGUCAGAUGAUAGUGAAAGCUGGCAAGGAAUGUCACAUUGAAUGGAUGAAGUUGUUUUUCCAAACCUAUCAACUCAAACGCUUUAGUUCCAAAAGAAUUUUCAAAACUAACGAAAUAUGGAACAGAUGUUCUAAUGAAGUUGGAUCUAUUUAA